UCGGGGGGGGGUCAGAACUGGGGGGGCUAGGGCCCCCCAAACUCGAAUCGGAUCCAACCGGAGUGAAGCGGCGCCAUGGAGCUCCGGGCGCUGCUCUGCUGGGUUUCGCUCGCCGCCGCUUUAGAAGAGACCCUACUGAACACAAAAUUGGAAACUGCCGAUCUGAAGUGGGUGACGUUCCCUCAGGUGGAAGGACAGUGGGAGGAGGUGAGCGGCUUGGAUGAGGAGCAGCACAGCGUGCGAACGUAUGAGGUGUGCAACGUGCAGCGGGCCCCGGGCCUGGUACAGUGGCUGCGCACCGGCUGGGUCCCCCGGCGGGACGCCGUCCACGUGUAUGCCACACUGCGCUUCACCAUGCUCGAGUGCCUGUCCCUGCCGCGGGCUGGGCGCUCCUGCAAGGAGACCUUCACCGUCUUCUACUACGAGAGCGAUGCUGACACGGCCACGGCCCUCACACCAGCCUGGAUGGAGAACCCCUACAUCAAGGUGGACACAGUGGCUGCUGAGCAUCUGACCCGGAAGCGUCCUGGGGCCGAGGCCACUGGGAAGGUGAACGUCAAGACACUGCGUCUGGGUCCACUCAGCAAGGCCGGCUUCUACCUGGCCUUCCAGGACCAGGGUGCCUGCAUGGCCCUGCUGUCUCUACACCUCUUCUACAAGAAAUGCGCUCAGCUGACUGUGAACCUGACCCACUUCCCAGAGACUGUGCCUCGAGAGCUUGUGGUGCCGGUAGCAGGGAGCUGUGUGGCCGAUGCCGUCCCCGCCCCUGGCCCCAGCCCCAGCCUCUACUGCCGGGAAGAUGGCCAGUGGGCUGAGCAACCAGUUACGGGCUGCAGCUGUGCUCCGGGGUUUGAGGCCGUUGAGGGGAGCACCAAGUGCCGAGCCUGUGUCCAGGGCACCUUCAAGCCCCUGUCAGGGGAGGGAUCCUGCCAGCCUUGCCCAGCCAACAGCCUUACUAACACCAUCGGAUCAUCUGUCUGCCAGUGCCGCAUCGGAUACUUCCGGGCCCGCACCGACCCCCGGGGUGCACCCUGCACCACUCCUCCCUCAGCUCCACGAAGUGUGGUUCCCUACCUGAAUGGCUCCUCCCUGCGCCUGGAAUGGAGCGCCCCCCUCGAGUCUGGUGGUCGAGAGGACCUCACCUAUGCACUCCGCUGCCGAGAGUGCCGCCCAGGGGGCUCCUGCACACCCUGUGGGGGAGACCUGACCUUCGACCCCGGCCCCCGAGACCUGGUGGAGCCCUGGGUGGCAAUUCGAGGGCUGCGUCCUGACUUCACCUAUACCUUUGAGGUCAUCGCCUUGAACGGGGUGUCCUCCUUAGCCACGGGACCUGUUCCUUUUGAGCCUGUCAAUGUCACCACUGACCGCGAGGUGCCCCCCGCAGUGUCUGACAUCCGGGUGACGCGGUCAUCACCCAGUAGCUUGAGCCUGGCAUGGGCUGUUCCCCAGGCACCCAGUGGGGCUGUGCUGGACUAUGAAGUCAAGUACCACGAGAAGGGCACGGAGGGCCCCAGCAGUGUACGGUUCCUGAAGACGUCAGAAAACCGGGCAGAGCUGCGGGGGCUGAAGCGGGGAGCCAGCUACCUGGUCCAGGUGCGGGCACGCUCGGAGGCCGGCUACGGUCCCUUCGGCCAGGAGCACCACAGCCAGACCCAGCUGGACGAGAGUGAGAGCUGGCGGGAGCAGCUGGCCCUGAUUGCAGGCACAGCGGUUGUGGGCGUGGUGCUGGUCCUGGUGGUCAUUGUCAUUGCCGUUCUCUGCCUCAGGAAGCAGAGCAAUGGGAGAGAAGUCGAAUACUCGGACAAACAUGGACAGUAUCUCAUCGGGCAUGGUACUAAGGUCUACAUUGACCCCUUCACUUAUGAAGACCCUAAUGAGGCUGUGAGGGAAUUUGCCAAAGAGAUCGAUGUCUCCUAUGUCAAGAUUGAAGAAGUGAUUGGCGCAGGUGAGUUCGGCGAGGUGUGCCGAGGGCGACUCAAGGCCCCUGGGAAGAAGGAAAGCUGCGUGGCCAUCAAGACCCUGAAGGGCGGCUACACGGAGCGGCAGCGGCGCGAGUUCCUGAGCGAGGCCUCCAUCAUGGGCCAGUUCGAGCACCCCAACAUCAUCCGCCUUGAGGGUGUGGUCACCAACAGUGUGCCAGUCAUGAUCCUCACAGAGUUCAUGGAGAACGGCGCCCUGGACUCCUUCCUGCGGCUGAAUGAUGGACAGUUCACUGUCAUCCAGCUGGUGGGCAUGUUGCGGGGCAUCGCCUCAGGCAUGCGGUACCUUGCUGAGAUGAGCUAUGUCCACCGAGACCUGGCUGCCCGCAACAUCCUGGUCAACAGCAACCUAGUCUGCAAGGUCUCUGACUUUGGCCUUUCCCGAUUCCUGGAGGAGAACUCUUCUGAUCCCACCUACACAAGCUCUCUGGGAGGAAAGAUUCCUAUCCGAUGGACAGCCCCUGAGGCCAUUGCCUUCCGAAAGUUCACAUCUGCCAGUGAUGCCUGGAGUUAUGGGAUUGUGAUGUGGGAGGUGAUGUCAUUCGGAGAACGGCCAUACUGGGACAUGAGUAAUCAGGACGUGAUCAAUGCCAUCGAACAGGACUACCGACUGCCCCCACCCCCAGACUGCCCCACCUCCCUCCACCAGCUCAUGCUGGACUGCUGGCAGAAGGACCGGAAUGCCCGGCCCCGCUUCCCCCAGGUGGUCAGUGCCCUCGACAAGAUGAUCCGGAACCCUGCCAGCUUGAAAAUCGUGGCCAGGGAGAACAGCGGGGCCUCGCACCCACUCCUGGAUCAGCGGCAGCCUCACUACUCAGCUUUUGGCUCUGUGGGCGAGUGGCUUCGAGCCAUCAAGAUGGGAAGAUACGAAGAAAGUUUUGCAGCAGCUGGAUUUGGCUCUUUCGAGCUGGUCAGCCAGAUCUCUGCUGAGGACCUGCUCCGAAUUGGAGUGACUCUGGCGGGACACCAGAAGAAAAUCUUGGCCAGUGUUCAGCACAUGAAGGCCCAGGCCAAGCCCGGAGCCCCGGGCGGGACAGGAGGACCAGCCCCACAGUACUGACCUGCUGGAAAUACCCGCCACGGAGGGCAGAGUCGGGUGGGGACUCACAGAGGCCCCCAUCCCUGUGCCCCACUGGAUUGCACUUUGAAACCAUGGGGGUGGGGAGUUGGCAAUUUGGAGAAACAGGAUUUGGGGGUUGUGCCAUAUGGGAGUGGAGAAAUUACAUCCCUCCCCCUCCCCGAGGCAGGGAACCCCAGACCGAGGGUGAGGGCGCCUUUCCCUCAGGACUGGGUGUGACAAAGGGAAAGGAAGCGCCCAGAAUCUCCCAGCCUCCCCAGAGGGCUCCCCAGUGCUCCCCUCACCUUCGUGGGCAUGUUCCUGCAGACCAAAGAGAGGGUGACUGGCCUGCGAGCUUGGGAGUGGAGAGCUGUCCCAGGAGGCAGGAAGGAGUGUCAUGGCCCAGUGACAAAGUCAUUGGACUUUGAUGUCCUAACUUGCUGCUGUAGCCACCAAACUCGAUCAUUUUUCCCUUGUAAAUGCCCCUCCCCCAUCUGCUGCCUUCAUAUUGAAGGUUUUUGAGUUUUA